UGCCCAGCCGACACACAAGACUUCCGGUCGGAGCAAUGUUCACGAUUCAACGGAGUUCCAUUUGAAAAUCGCUAUUACGAAUGGGUCCCGUAUACGAGAGCGCCCAACAAGUGUGAGCUGAAUUGCAUGCCGAAAGGCGAAAGAUUUUAUUACCGACACAGGCGCAAAGUCAUUGACGGAACACGAUGUGACGAACAAGAAGGCACCGACGUCUGCGUUGCUGGCCAAUGUUUGCCUGUCGGCUGCGAUUCGAUGUUGGGCUCAACGGCUAAAGAAGACCAAUGCCGUGUGUGCGGUGGUGACGGAACAACUUGCACAUCUGUUCAAGGAAUAGCUCAGCAAAACGACUUUCAAACAGGUUACAAUGACGUUUUGCUCAUUCCGGUUGGCGCCACAAACAUAAAGAUUCGCGAAGUCAAGUCGUCAAACAAUUAUCUUGCUAUCCGCAACAUAACGGGGCACUAUUAUCUCAACGGAAAUUGGCGAAUCGAUUUCCCGCGCGAGAUGAAAUUUGCUGGCACUACGUUCCACUACGAACGUAAACCCCACGCAUUUAUCGCUCCCGAAACGAUCACGGCUCUGGGUCCGACUAGCGAAGCUCUCUACGUCGUCUUGCUCUACCAGGAGCCUAAUCCCGGCAUCGAGUACGAGUACAGUUUCCCCAGAGAUGUACAACUACCCACUGGCGGUGACAGUUACAACUGGAUCUACGGAGCCUGGAGUGAUUGCACUGCCAGUUGCGGCGGAGGCAUUCAAACGAGGAAUGUUAGUUGCGCCAAGACGAGUGAUUUUGAAAUGGUUUCCGAAGACUUAUGUGAUCCCCAAUUACAGCCUUCAGUGAACAGAACUUGCGCUACAGAGGCAUGUGAUCCUAGUUGGUUCAUUGGCAAUUGGACGAAAUGUUCCAGCAAUUGCCAAGCGGGAAUCCAAUUUCGCACAGUUUAUUGCCAGCAAGUUAUUGCUGGUUCCAUGCAGUCUGUCAUCAACGACAGCAUCUGCGUUAACGCUAUCGGACCAACGCCAUCAUCAAUUCAGGAAUGCAAUAAAGAAGCUGUCUGCCCUCAAUUCCACAUUGGCGAAUGGGGACCGUGCGAUAAACUGUGCGGAGAUGGAACACGUCAUCGCAAAGUCACGUGCUUUCGCAAAACAGACGAUCGCAUUGAACAGCUUGCCGAUUCCGAUUGUGAAGGUGAAGUUCCAGCUCGUACUGAAUCCUGUUUCAAACGGCCUUGCGAAGGUGUAGACUGGAUAACAUCCCCGUGGUCAGGCUGCAAGGAUAAGUGUGGGCUCGAAUAUGAAACACGAAGAGCACAAUGCGUUUCGCCUAAAGGAAAGAUUUAUCCAGACGAGUUUUGUCACGCAUACCGUCGACCGGCAUUGAACCGCACGUGUGCCGACGCCACUCCAUGCAAAUACGUCUGGUUUGCCUCCCAAUGGAGCGCGUGCUCGUCAGACUGUGGUGCUGGAAUUCAGUCCCGGUGGGUGUUCUGCGGCACAAUGGAUGGCGGGGUCCCCGCUAAAGUCGGUGACGAGAACUGCGAUCCAGAGAAGAGAUACGAGAACACAACCGAAUGCCACGUGCCGGCUGAUCAGUGCAAGGGUGCUUGGUUCGCUGGACCUUGGAGCGAGUGUUCGAAGACGUGUGGAUCUGGAAGCCGGACGAGACCGAUUUUAUGUCUCGUUAACAAUGAAAAAGCUGCUGAUAUUAAACUGUGCGGAGUGGAUACCAUCCCAUCUGCCGAGGAGAAAUGCAAUACACAGGCGUGUAGCGAAGAACCUACACCUGAAGGAACAACCGAAACACCUUUAGUUGAAGUCUGUGAAGAAGUUGAAGAAGAAGGGGAAGAUGGAGAAGAAGGAGAGGAAGAAGAAGGAGAGGAGGUGGUUGAAGAAUUAAUUGAAGAAUCAAGCGGAUCAAAUCUCGGAAUGGAACCAUCCUCUGGUUCCGGAAGCAUGGAGAAUCUUGCUGUGGAUAUGUCAGCUGAAGGAUCUGGGGAUAUGGAACCUGAAUCGUCGGGACUUGGAUUGAUUCUUGGCGGAAUGACUGCCCCACCAACGGUGAUGGAAGGAUCGAGUGAACCGGAUGGUUUGAUACGAAAACGAAGACAAGCGCCUGCUGAGGAACUACUCCUUUCCGGCGAAGGAUCUGGAUCUGGAAUGAGUUCCGGUCAGGGCUCUGGAUUAGGUUCCGGAAUCAUUCUUGGCGAAUCGGGAUCCGGUAUCGAUGGUAUGGAUCCUGAACUUGAGGUCGAGGAGGAAAUGAACGUAAUCGAAACUAAGAACGGACUUCUCCAAGCAGAAAACGUUUUGCUCGUCACCUCCAAACCAACGACCGCUAAGCCAUCUGGUACCGAAGCUCCCACACAAAAGCCAAGUGCAGAUGAUACAAAGGAAGCCUCUACUGUGAAGCCAGGCGAAGAUGUGAUGGAGACAUCCACUGAGAAACCAAGCAAAGAUGUUAAGGAUGCCACUACCGUGAAGCCAAGCAAAGAUGCUAAGGAUGCAUCUACGGUGAAGCCAAGCAAAGAUGCUAAGGGUGCAUCAACAGUGAAGCCAAGCAAAGAUGCUAAGAAGGAGACAACUACUCAAAAACCUGCCAAAGCCACAACAAAGAAACCGAGUGUUGAAAUUAUUGAAAGCGAUAAAAUGAAAACUAAACCACCUGGACGAUCCAAGGCGAAGAGCUUCCCAGGAAAGAAGAAGAAGGUGAAGGUCUGUCGUGUGGUUACACCAGAGAAACCAACAUGUGACAAGACCGAAUACGGAUGCUGUUCAGAUGGAACAUCCACAGCUAAAGGACCUUUCGAAGCUGGCUGUCCCAAAUUCGAAACGUGCGAGGAUGCGGAAUUCAAGUGCUGUCCUGAUGGCGUCACUCCUGCCAAGGGAGCUAACAACGAAGGAUGCUUCACAGAUGCCUGCAAAACAUCCUUAUUUGGCUGUUGUCCAGAUGGAUUCACUCCAUCGGAAGGCAAUGACAACGAAGGUUGUCCUGCGCCAACUACACUUGCACCACCUACAACUCCGAUGGGCGAAGAGUUCCUAAUGGUCGCUUGCAAAGACUCGAUGUUUGGUUGUUGCCCGGAUCAAAUGACAGCAGCUACCGGCCCAGACAACCAAGGAUGCUUCCAAUGUGAGUCUAGUGGUGAUAUGGAAGAAUCAGGUAGCGGCAGUGGCAGCGGAGCAGGUCCCGAAUGCAAUUCCUGCGAUGAUACCAAAUACGGUUGUUGCCCAGACAACUUGCGAGCAGCCAAGGGACCUAAUGGCGAAGGCUGUGGUUCUGGAGAUAUCGGUUCAGGAGAUGUUGGUUCCGGAGAUGUUGUACCAACAACAGAGUCAGGCAUCAAUUGCGCAACAACUGAAUUUGGUUGCUGUCCUGAUGAAAUGACAGCUGCCACGGGUCCGGACUCUGCUGGAUGCGACACACCUUGCGCUGAGACCAAAUUUGGUUGUUGUGAUGACAACGUCACGGCCGCUCAUGGUCCCGACAAGAAAGGCUGUUGCCUCAAUACCGAAUUUGGCUGUUGCCCGGACAAUAUCGGUGCUGCAACAGGUCCAAAACUCGAAGGCUGCAAUUGCGAGUACACACAGUUUGGCUGCUGUCCAGAUAAUAUCACUCCGGCUCGAGGUGAAAAACUUCAAGGCUGCGGCUGUUUGUACACGGAAUUCACCUGCUGCCCCGACAGCUACACUCCGGCUGCUGGACCCAAUUACCAAGGGUGCGGAUGCAAUACUUUCGAGUUCGGAUGCUGCCCCGACCUCAUCACCGUGGCCAAAGGGCCCAAUCUCGAGGGAUGCGGAUGCGAGAACACGGCUCACGGAUGCUGUCAAGAUGAGCGAACACCCGCCCACGGACCGCAUUUCGAAGGAUGCACCUGUGAAUCUUCUAAAUAUGGCUGCUGUUUGGACGGCGUUACAGCAUCCCAGGGUCCAAAUUUCGAAGGAUGUCCAUCAAAGCCAGCGCUUUCUGGAGAAAUUUGCGCAUUGGACAAGGAUCGCGGCUCUUGCCGCAAUUUCACUGUCAAUUGGUUCUUCGAUAUGGAAUACGGGGGUUGCUCUCGUUUCUGGUACGGUGGAUGCGAUGGCAACGACAACCGCUUUCCAUCACAAGACGACUGCAAAGCUCACUGCGUGGAACCAACUGGCAUUCAGGCUUGUUCGUUGCCACGAGUGGCCGGGCCUUGUGAAGGUAAUUACCCGUCUUGGUACCACGAUACGGCCACUGGCUCUUGUCGCCAAUUCCGUUACGGAGGCUGUUUGGGCAACACCAACCGUUUCACCACACGUGAAGAAUGCCAUCAACAGUGUAUCGCACCAAAGUUACUCGAUAAAUGCGAGAAACUGCAAGAUGCUGGAGGUUGUCAAGGUAACUUCAAGCGCUGGAGCUAUAAUAAGCAGAGCAUGACUUGCGAGGAAUUCAACUGGGGCGGUUGUCAGGGCAACGAGAACAACUUCUUGAGCGAACGUGAAUGUCAUCUCCGUUGUAAAGACAGCGGUCGAUCCCGAGUGACGGCUGAAGAGCGGUGCAACAUGACGGCCGACUACGGCCUUUGCCAGGGCAGCCAACUCCGGUGGCAUUUCGACAGUCAAACACGGCAUUGCCACAGUUUCCUGUAUUCCGGAUGCGGAGGCAAUGCCAAUCGUUUCGAAAGUCACGGAGCUUGUGCAUCAGUAUGCAAAGAGGCUCCCAGGUUUCUUACGACAACUCCAGAACCAUAUCAGCUCACUACACAGAGGACAAACGUUACAGAGGAAGACACUUGUCGUAUGCCACGCGUUAUCGGCGAUUGCAAAGAAUUCACCGAACGAUGGUAUUAUGAUGAGUCGGAUGAAGAAUGCCGUGCCUUCUUGUUUGGAGGCUGUGGUGGCAAUGCCAACAACUUUGAAACAUUGGAUGCCUGUCGUCAACGGUGCCAAACAGCGGUAUCACCUAUUCCCGAAACUGCCAAGCCUAUCGACGAAGACUUCCGAACUGAAUUUUGCUUCUUACCAAAACAAGAAGGAUCAUGUGACGAAUCGAUUUUACAAUGGUUCUAUGAUCGUCCGGAGGGUGUUUGUAAGCAAUUUAUUUACAAGGGAUGCGAUGGCAAUCAAAACAGAUUCGCCGACCGACAGGAAUGCGAAAGUCGAUGUAGUCAGUCUCAGGAUGUUUGUAUCUUGCCCCGCAUUGUCGGUCCAUGCAGUGGCUCCUUCCGCCAAUGGUAUUACGAUGCCGGAUCCGACAAUUGCUACGAAUUCGAUUACGGCGGUUGUCAAGGAAAUCCUAAUCGCUUUAAUAACGCGCAAGAAUGUCAGAACCGCUGUCAGAGGGUUCGACCUAUUACGACGACUUCAACGGAAGCUCCGUACGUGCCUUAUCCUCGAGAACCAGAACGUGAAUACGAACGAGAAAGGGAACGUGAACCUGAACGAGAACGCGAGCCUGAACGUGAACGCGAUCGAGAACGUGAACAAGAACGUGAUCGAUACCCUACCGGAGAAGAUAUCUGUAGUUUGGAAGUUGAGCCUGGACCUUGUAGAGCCAGCGUUCCAGCAUGGUAUUUCAAUCGGCAGACCUCUCGCUGUGAAGCGUUUAGCUAUGGUGGAUGUGACGGCAAUGCCAAUCGUUUCCAUUCAGAGGAGCAGUGCGAACGCCAGUGUGGAAACUUCCGUGGUCAAGAUGUUUGCCGACUUCCUCCUGAUGGCGGCCCCUGUCGUGGAUCUUUCCGCAAAUAUUAUUUCGAUCGCAACACAUUGCAAUGUCUCGAACUCAGGUACGGCGGAUGCCGUGGCAAUGGCAACCGAUUCAGUUCACUGGAAGAGUGUCAAUCUCUCUGCUUGCAGCGCGCCGAGGUCGCUCCUCCUGGCAAUGUGACAUCGGACGCCAAUUCGGUGGUCUGCCGUCUGCCGAUGGACGUCGGCCCGUGUCGCGAGAGAUACGACCGCUGGUUCUAUGACUCGGAGCGAAGCACUUGUCAGCCGUUCGUCUAUGGUGGUUGUGCCGGAAACAUGAACCGUUUCAAAACCUUCGAAAGUUGCACCACUUUCUGUUCUUCAUCUUCGGCCGAUCAAGCUAGACCAGCAGCGCCGGCCCCAAGCUAUCCUUCUCCUUCAACCUCUAAUGAAAACGAAAUCGAUGUCGGUCCUACUGCCACGCCCUACAAACCCAGUCCAUACGAUGUUGAUCAGUGCGCCGAGGCCAAUGCAAAUUGCCGUGCAAUUAGUUGUCCAUACGGCAUUGAAAGAUCUACAUCGAACACCGGGUGUGACGAAUGCCGGUGUUACGAGCCGUGCCGCGGCUAUUCAUGUCCGGAAGGAACGGAAUGUCAAGCAGAAUUGGUUCGUGAUGAAUCUGAUCCUAAUCAGUCUGCCACUCGCAUCCAACCUGCGUGCAGAAAAAUUAAUAAAGAAGGCCGAUGCCCUACGGUUCAGCGUGGAAGUUCCAGUUGCGAAGAAGAAUGUCGUUCUGACGCAAAUUGCCAGGGAGAUCACAAAUGUUGUUUCAACGGUUGCGGUCGCUCUUGUCUUCCACCUGCUCCCUUGUAUGAAGAGCCAACAACGACUACUCCUUCACCUGUUAGAGGCACUCCACCACGAAUCAUCGACGGGGAGUCGCGUGUAGCAGCUGAAGAGGGCAGCGUAGGUGAACUGCAAUGCGAAGCAAUCGGGUCACCCAAACCAACAAUAUAUUGGCGUCGAGCCAACGGAGAGGCUGUCAACGAUGAAGGCAAAUUCAAAAUCCAAUCAAAUGGUUCGCUUUUGAUCAUCGGCGUUCACAGAUCAGAUGCUGGCAGAUACACUUGCAUCGCCGAUAACGGAGUUGGUUCAUCUGCACUCAAACAAGUUCAGUUUGAAGUCAAAGACCCGACUAUUCGCGCUGCGGAUAUCGUGACCUUUCAGAGUGUGACGGUCGUGACAUUGGGCUCCCCGAUCAUUAUCCACUGUCACGCUAUCGGCUGGCCUAGGCCGUCGGUGACGUGGUGGCGCGGUGAGCGAAUGCUUCCGCUCUCCUCCGAGCGCUACGAACAGUUCCGCGACUAUUCCCUCUUGGUCCGACGCGUUUCCUUCCGCGAUCUUGGCCCUUACACCUGUCAGGCCUACAACGGCUAUGGCCGUCCUUCUUCUCACACCGUCAUUCUCCAAGCUAUCGGUCCAGUCUACUCGGUUGACGCCGAUGAGGUUGAAUUCCGCCGCUAUCUUCUUCCUCCACCACAACCCGAUCCACGUCUUAUACCUUCUACUACAACUACUACUACUCCUUCUCCCUUCCGGCCUCGGCCAACUCCACCACAGACUUAUUACACGCUGCCUCCACAGCGACCUAACUUGGUUGCGCCAAGUGCAAGAGCCUGGACAGAAAGAUCAAAUUACCCAGUGGAUAGUGACAUCCAAAUCCACUGUGAAGUCCAGGGUCAACCGCUACCACAAGUGACGUGGUACAAGGACAACAAUCCAAUCGUUUCGACGGAUCGUAUGACCAUCACUGGUAAUAACAGUUUGAUGAUCACUGGAGCAGAGGGCGCUGAUUCUGGAAGCUAUCGCUGCGAAGCUGUCAAUUUACUUGGAGAUUCAAGCAGUCUCAUCAGCAUUGUUGUCGAAGGCGUCUACCUGCACCCGAACUGUACGGACAACCCGUUCUUCGCCAACUGCAAGUUGAUCGUCAAGGCGCGCUUCUGCACAAACAAGUACUACGCUCGUUUCUGCUGCAAGUCCUGCACAUUGGCUGGCCAAUUACCGGCUACGGGACCGCAUCUGCUCGACUACAAGACAGGUACUAGCAGCGCCUCCGCCAGGCGUAGGAAGUAGAUCAGAUGUGCGUCGAUAUGUGCCAACGACACCUCUUUUCUCUCCGUCUUUUCUCCACCUGUUGUUGUCUUUCGUUUCCCGCCGCCUUGUUCUUGUCCUCCUUUUGCAGUACGUUAUUUGACCAGACAUUAUCUAGCAUGUUUUCCAUACAGCCCUCUCGUUCUCUUACUUUCCACCUUUCUCUUGCUCACCUAAGCAAUGUCAUUUAAACAGCAAAGAAAUUCAAGAGGGGUAGGGUUCCGAAUUCUUUAGGAAAUAACACAUUAAAUGUUUUUUGUUUUUUUCAUUUUUUGACGAUUGGCUUAGCGAGCUGUUUGCUAGUCCUGAUGAAUUUCAAUAUUAUUUCUUUUUUAUUCCCGUAUAGA